GCACGAUAGCAUCGCUGCAGUGAGGGGGAAGUUCAAUGAACAAAAGGGUGAAGAAAAAGAAAAUCUUUUGUGUUCUGCACCAUGAAGACAUGGCAGUUGAUUGUGUUUGGGGUGAUGGUUCAUCUGAUUUUUUUCUACUCCAUAUUUGACAUUUACUUCACCUCUCCACUGGUGCAUGGGAUGACUCCGUAUGUUUCCAACCCCAACCCCCCAGCCAAACGCCUCGUCUUAUUUGUAGCCGACGGGCUGAGAGCUGAUAAAUUUUAUGAACUGUUGGAGAAUGGCAAACCUACAGCACCAUAUCUAAGGUCUGUGAUUGAGAAUGAGGGAGUGUGGGGUGUGUCUCACACCAGGGUCCCCACAGAGUCACGUCCAGGGCAUGUGGCUCUCAUUGCUGGAUUCUACGAAGAUGUCAGUGCUGUAGCAAAGGGUUGGAAGGAGAAUCCUGUGGAAUUUGAUUCCGUUUUCAAUGAGAGUCGUUUCACAUGGUCUUGGGGAAGUCCUGAUAUUCUUCCUAUGUUUUCUAAAGGUGCAUCAGGAGAUCAUGUAUUCAUGGAUUAUUAUCCAUCAGAGAGUGAAGAUUUCGCAGCUGUAGACUCCUCCAAACUCGACACUUGGGUGUUCGAUAAGGUCAAGGUAUUCCUCUCUGAUGCUACUAAGGACCCGGAAUUGCUAGAGAAACUUCAAAAAGACAAGAUUGUUUUCUUCCUUCAUCUGUUGGGGAUUGACACAAAUGGUCACUCUCACAAACCGUACUCACAGGAGUACCUUACAAACAUAGCCACAGUGGAUUAUGGGAUACAGGAAGUAGAGGCACUGCUGGAAGAGUUCUAUCACCAUGACAACAGAACUGCAUACAUCAUGACAGCAGACCAUGGAAUGACAGACUGGGGGUCGCAUGGGGCAGGGCACCCCUCAGAAACUCUUACCCCAAUGGUGGCCUGGGGUGCUGGAAUCCGUGGUCCCAAGAGUCAGAAACACAAUAAAAGGCUGUAUGAGGAUGGAUUCACAGAAAAAUGGAAACUAGAUCACUUACAGAGAUCAGAUGUACGACAGGCAGACUUGUCUCCCCUGAUGGCAGCACUGAUUGGUGUGCCCUAUCCCGUCAACUCAGUGGGUUUGCUUCCUAUAGAAGUUCUGGAGUUUCCACAAUCUGAUCAAGCAGAAGCCAUGUUUGCUAAUGCUCAGCAAAUUUUGGCCCAGUUCAGGGUCAAAAUGACACAGAAGCAAACGACCACACUGUCCCAAACAUUUAGACCAUUUCUGGAUUUAACAGCUGAUAAACAGGUAUUGCAUACCAGAAAGAUUCGAAGUUUAAUCAAAGACGGUUUAUAUGAAGAGGCAAUAGAGGAGUCUCGGGUUUUGAUGGAGCUAGCAUUGAGAGGGUUAGGAUACUAUCAAAAUUAUGACCGCUUCCUGCUUGGAUUAAGUAUCACUGCAGGCUUUGUGGGGUGGGGAUUCUACGUCCUGACCCUCAUUCUACAGGACCAUGUGGGCGUGUCCUUUAACAGGACUUCCUUUGACGAGAUCAAUUCUCCUUUUCUGUUGUCGAGGAAAUUCAUCAGAUGUUUGGCUGUCACUGUUGCUGUGGUGAUCAUUUUAUUACUUCUAGUCCAAUCCCUGCCAUGGACAUAUUAUCUGUACUGUCUGGUUCCCGUCCUGCUAUGGAUGUUGGUCAUCGAGAGGUGGCACAUUUUGACGACUGUGAUUAACAAGCUGUGGUACUCCAGACAGAGGUCUGUGAUUGGAACAAUAGUUAUGUCCCUGGUGGUUCUGGAAAUAGUGGUGGCAGGAUUCUUCUAUAGGGAGAUCUUUUCAGUUGGGUUCAUUGCUCUGGGGUUGUGGCCAUUUUGUGUUCACAGAUCUAGGUCAAUUAAUCAGUUUGUGUGGCUGGUAAUCUGUCUGAUUCUGUGCGUGUUUCCUUUACUUCCUGUGGUGGGAAGACAGAGCAACUACACCAUAGUGCUAUUGGCUGGACUUUUAGCCCUCAUCUGUGGGUCUGUGAUUGCUAGGAUAUACUUGAAGGAUGCAAAAGGUGCAAAGAUUAGAUCUAUGCAGCUGGUAAUACUUCUGAUGGCCAUUUACAACCUAUGGUCUGUGUCCUCCAGUAUAUACAGAAAGCAGGGGCUUCAUUGGUACAACCAAAUGUUGUCCUGGACUAUUCUAGCCACCUCCUUUGUGGUCCCCUUGUUGAGCCCCACCGAGCUGUUGCCACGGUUGUUCGCCAUUGUUUUUGCGUUUUUUCCUGUUUAUCUUCUUUUGAGUUUAUUACAGGAGUGUCUAUUUAUUGUGUGUUUUUGUGUUGUGCUGUUUUCAUGGAUUCACUUGGAGAAAGAAUUGCAUAAUGCUAAAGAAAAGAGUCUUCUUGCCUCUAAUUUUGCAUCAGCUUUAUCGGGAGAACGCCACCUAGUGGCAGAAGAUAUACGCAGAUCUCUCUUCUAUGUUUUCUUUAUACUGGUAGCUUUCUACAGCACAGGAAAUAUAGCCAGCAUUAACAGCUUUGAGCCAGCUGCUGUUUACUGUUUUCUGACAGUCUUUAAUCCAUUUGUGAUGGGUGCUCUUCUGAUGCUCAAAAAUAUUUUACCUCUAGUCCUGGUGGCCUGCUCUUUCCGAACAAUCCAGAUCCUGACACGCAUUCCUACCAGAGCGCUGUUCAUGAUCGUCAUGAUCAUGUCCGACAUCAUGGCGCUGAAUUUCUUCUUCCUGGUGCGGGACUAUGGCAGCUGGUUGGAGAUCGGAACAAGCAUUAGUCAUUACGUGAUCGUGAUGUGUAUGAACAUCUUCCUCAUGCUUCUGUUUGGGGUUUCUCAUCUUAUGACCACUGUACAAAUUAAACUGAUCAAAUGGUAGAACCAAUUAUGAGGAGCCUCUCACCUUCCCCAUGAGGUGCUGUCACAGAUACAUAGUUCCAAAAUACUACUGCAUCAUGGGAGAUGGAACAUUGGGAGGGGGGGGGGGGGACAUGCUUGAUCAAUUAUAGUAUACAUCUGACUCAUUAAAAUACACUUUUAAAUAAAAAACAGUUUUUGAUUUUGUUUAGAUUCAUCUAACAGAACUUCAAGGUUCUUAUGAAUUUUCAUUAACAGUCUUGAGCACACAUAUUUUGGACCUCAAGAAUUAUCCUGUUUUUUUUUUUAGUAAAAAGUAAACACAUACUUUCUGAAAUAUUUUUGACAUGUACAAAAUACCCAGAGUGAUAAUUCAAACAAAUAAAUACAAACAAUGCCAACUCAGCUGGGCUGCAGGAAUGACCUUCCAGAUGACACCAAGAAGUCGAUUAACAUCUCUUGAAAUUUCCAAAAAAUGCCUUAAAACUCAUUUUUAGAAAUUAGCUUUAUAGAUUCUAACAUGUAUAAACCAGCUGGGACUGUUUUAAUCAUCAAAAAUUCAAC